AGGCAACAAACGAGCAUCCCCACCACGAAAAUCUCGAGGAUGCCUACUACUGCUGAGCCUAUCCGGGAUCGUAUUCUCUCGACCAUCGAUCAUCUAUUUGAUGCUUUUGACAGUGGCUCAUUUGACAUUGUCACUACUCAUUGGGCACAAGUGGGAGGAGAAAUAAGAACCAGCUCCCCGAACUCGAAUACCCAUGUGGCCGCAUCUUGCAUUGACGAGCUUUGCAACGCUUUCACAUCUUUCACUCACCUCAGUGCUAACUUAGAACAUCGUUUGUCAGAAUAUCUGACACAACCGCCUAAGGACGACACAUCCAGUCCACCCAACCCGCCCACAGCAAACCACCCUCCCUACGUUAAACCAGCUUCCGAAUGGCUUCUCGACAACCUUCACAACCCUUUCCCUCCCGCCAAAUAUCGCGACCACUUGAGCGCCGCCCACGGUUGCCCCCGGAAGAACAUUGACACCUGGUUCAAUGAGGCGAGGAAGCGCAUUGGCUGGAACACCAUGCGUAAAAGGUGUUUUGGCUCACGCAAAGAAAUGGUCGACGCUGCUUCUUCCUUCUUCCUCGACCACGCCACUUCAGGUGAAUUCGACAAUGAGUUCCUAAGGAUGUCGGUAAAGGCAAAGGAUCUGUACUCUAAGCGUCUUGUCAAGAGCGAACUCAUGCAGAAGCUGGAUCGCAGCGUGAAGCCCAUGUCGGAUGAGGUGAAGAGGCAGGCUGAUGAAGAGAGCAGAGAAAGACAGCUUGAGAAACGGAGGGUUUCUUAUCGAUCUGACGACAAAGCUGCAACACCCCCAACACUUGUGGCACGGAAGAAAUGUCGUUCACAUCAUGACGACGAAGAUGACCAGCCCUCGAGGAAGCGGUUGAGAUCACACAGCGGUUGUGACGAUGACGACGAUAACUCAUCCUCGUCAGGAUCGUCUUCCCGACGAGCGUCCUCAUUAUUCUCAGAGGCGCCCUCAGAAUUCAGCUCCGCCACAGAAGCAUCCUCACCGUCCUCGACCACCGGCUCGGUGGAUUCUUCCCGCGAGCACCGACUAAAGCGCCCUCGAAUUUCUUCUGCUCCUACUACACCUAUGAAUCUACCUAAAUCCCCUGCAGAGAAUCGGCUUACGCAAACCCAAACACAGUUAUCCUCGGACGUACCCUCGGAAUCCUCAAAAUCCACCUCUGCCACAGAAGUACCGUCGCCAUCCGUGACUAGCGGUAAACGGCGCUCAUCAGAUUCUUCGCACGAGCGCCGACGAAAGCGCCCUCGGAUUUCUUCGGCUCCUACGCCCAUGACUGUACCCACAUUCCCUGCAGAGGAGGAUUGGUUUACAUUAACGCAAGCACAAACACAGUUGCCUACAGAUGUAGAAUACUCAUGUGAUAUUUCAUCUUGGCUGGCCAGUAUGGAUUCUCUUUCGGAUGCUGAUUCCUCUUGUGUAACGACACCCACGCACUUGCUCCACAAUGAUCCACUUCCUCAUAUUGACCAAGGCAACAGUCUUCUCGAGCUCGACAAUUCCAUCGCCGCUGCUUCCCCCCUCCUACCCACAAAUACCACCGACCUCUCCGACCUAUGCCAAAUGACUUUCCCAGAAUACUAUUACACUUUAUCUGAUCCAUUCGGUUUUGAUUUUCCCGAGUUCGACAUCUCAAGCACUCUAGCGUCUCCAUACCCGGUAUACCACGCUGGCGUUGUGGCGUAGCCCCUCCAUCUAUAUCUCCCUCUUCAUUAUGCUCGCGUACAUACUGUUAUCAUUAUUACUUUUUAUAUUUCCCAAGAAGAAAGACUGGAUUUAUCUCUCCUCCGCAUGUUCCUAGUUGUAUUGCUCACUAACAAAACGAUUAAUUCUAUAUAACGCCUUCAAGUUGAACGUACGUAUCCCAUGAAAAGGAACCUCACACGGCCACGGUUGUAGGUCUUCACACUU